UUCCCGUCGGCGAAGUCGUAGCAUGUCGGCUGUGGUGUACGGCAGACGAGUGUAGCGCUGUCCCGAAACCGCAGAGGAAGAGAGAAAUAGAGGAGACAGGAGGAAAGUCCGUGUGCAGGCAAGGCAGGACCACUGGCGGUCGCCGCGCUGGCUUCCUCGACGCCGUUCGAGCAACACGACCUGAGCAGGGCUGCCGAGCUGCAGCUACUGCCUGAGCUCAAUGGUGACCUGGCGAUGUCCCUGAGCCCCAAGCAGCACCACCAGCAGCCGCCAGCACACUCGACCCCCUUCUCGGUGACGGACAUUCUUAGCCCGAUCGAGGAGUCGUACCGAAAGGGCGGCCUCGACCUUGCCACCCCGCCCUCGCCCUACCGCAGCAGCGCCAGCAGCACGGCCAGCGGCCCCGCGGCCGCCCCCCAGUCCCAGCAGCAGGCGGCCAUGAGCUCGUACAUGCACGUGCCGCAGCUCGCCGGCCACCACGGUGCCGCGGCCACGGCCGCCGCCUUCCCCGCGCAGUAUUGCAACGGCACGGAUAUUGCCGCCUACGGCGACAUGAGGAACUCGGCGGCCGCGGCCGCCGGCUGGUACGGCGCCACGGCCAACGAUCCGCGCUUCGCCAGUGAGUACAUGAUUUCACGGUUGAUGGGAUCAUCGGCGAGCGCAGCAGCCUCAAUGAACAUGAACAUGCCCAAUAUGCCCAGUCUAUCGACGUGCAGCGUCUCGGCGGACACGAAACCGAUGCAAUUCCCCUUGACGCAACGCAGGAAGCGGAGAGUACUCUUUACCCAGGCUCAGGUUUACGAACUUGAGAGGCGGUUUAAGCAGCAGAAAUAUCUGUCGGCGCCUGAAAGAGAGCACCUCGCCAGCCUCAUUCACCUCACCCCAACACAGGUCAAAAUCUGGUUCCAGAACCACAGAUAUAAGUGCAAAAGACAAGCGAAGGAAAAAGCCAUGGCCGAGCAGAACGCUCAAAACCAGGCUCAAAGUUCUCCACGUCGUGUUGCAGUUCCCGUAUUGGUGAAGGACGGCAAGCCAUGUUCGGGCAACAACGACCCGUCGGCCGGGCGCGGCGCCAUCGGCGCCAGCCCCGUUAGCGGGCAGUCGCCGCCGAGCGCGUGCUCGCACUCGCCGGCCGGUUCAGCAGCCCUGCUGCAGCAGCAACAGCAGCAGCAGCCGUGCAGCAGCACCGCCAGCCUGCUCACAAACAUGGCCUACCAGCGGCAGCACAACCUGAUGAACCAGCACCAGCAGCAGGCCAACAUGUGCUCAUCGUACCUGCCUCUGCAGGGCCGCGCCUGGUAACCGCCGCAAUCCGACCAUGAUUGACAGAGCAGCAGGACAUUUUAUAGUGUGUAAAUAAUUAUAUCGAAUCCGCGCACCAAAAGUGACGAGCAGUGUGUUGUGUCGGUUGAUGGACAAAGCUUUGCGCACGCACCCCCAAUCGUAUACGAAUUUUAAUCUGGGCAUUGAUAAGGACGUGCCCGAAAUUUUGAGGCGGCUUUCGUGCGUUUUAGUCGAGGGAUGGGCAGAACCGCGGAAAACAAGCGAUUGAAGAGCACCUUAGCAGUCUACAAAGUGUAAUUAUAUUAUGUGAGUUUUCCGAGGAUUUCCUGACAGCGAUUUUUCUCAUUUGACCCGUAUUUUUGAGGAAUGAUCCAAUCGUUCCGAGCUUGCAAUUUUUUUUUUAGAUUGAAUAGUAAUGUAAGCUAACAAAGCAUGCUUGUAAAUUAAAAAAAAAUCGAAGGUGAAUAUAAAGCAACAUCUUUUCUAAAAGAAAUCUUGAACAAAUUAUCAGAGCACUACUACGUCAUCUGUUGAUUUUUUUGCAAGUCAAAUAAAAUUAUUUUAUCCACAUACUCUCUUUGGAUACUUGUGGCAUCGAAAUAAAGACAAAAUUCAACAAAAACGUAAAAAAACAAAUUUGAUUUUUGUACGAAAAAAUGUGAUUAUACACAACAGAAUUUUUCAAGACAAGAUUAUUUAUUCAAGUCAUUUCUUAAUGAUGGCAUAUAAUUAAUUUGUUUGCUGAAUUCUAGUCGAAGAAUAUGUAUGGCCUGGUAUAGCCUAAUAAUAGAAAAAUAUUUCGCUUUUAAAAAAAGUUUUUAAAUCCCUUUAUAGAAAAAAGUUAGUGAUGGUUUAAAAUAUCUGCUUUUAUAUUGUCGUUCUCAAGCUCAACAAUGCAGCUUAGUGAUUAGAUCUCCUUAUUUGAGUUGAUUUAAAAGAACAUUCACCGUUCGAUUUUCUUCAAACCCCUGGUGUUGAUUUUCAUCCAAAGCAAAAGUGCCCAUCCCAGUGUUGAGUGUAUAAUUUUCGAACUUAAAUUGAUGUUCAAAGAGGGAUCCGGCCCAUUUUAUGCGAGCCACUCUUUGGUGUAUAUGUUGUGUAUAGAUUAUGUACUCUAAAUGGAUUUGUUUCCAAAGUGAAAAUGCGUCAUUUUCAACCCGGCACGUCCUUUCCAACUUGUAUUUUAAACGAAGAACUGUCGUGCACAAUUUUAAUACGGAAUUGUUGCGCACAAACUCACGCAAUUCCCGCUAUCAUGUAAAGCAGAAAUUGCCACCUGAACGUGUUUAGAGCAGCAAAGCAUGGCGCUCGUGUGCAUUUUCUCACCGUAAUUUGUCAUACGUAAUUAGGUUUAAUAAGACGAAAAAUGCAAAGGCAGUCGCAUAUUGUGUAGCCAUAUUAAUUAUACAAAAUAAAACAAACCUAAUUGUGUCGCUAAGAGAAAACUCGAUUUUUGUCCAAGUCCAUUAUUAUUAUAAUUAACACAAACACAGACAAACGAAUUCAUAAAACACAAUGGAAGAAAAAAGAAGAAGAACCGAGAAUCUCUAUAAUCUGUAUCAAAUAUUUAUUAUUGUGACUCCAUUCACUGUUGAGCCUUUGUACAUACUAGCAAUAAAGUUCAUCUCAUCCUGUUUGUCAGAAAAAAUAA